UAACGUAUUCGAUUUCGGUCGAAAAUGAACCUUAGAUUGCAUUAGUGCUUAUUAUUUUAACCGAAACCGUCAAAGGCUUUUCGGUUUUCACCUGUUGAGGAAACCGAUAAGCCUAUAAAACUGAAACUGAACCCACCCUACUUAAGAUACAUGAACUGAAGAAAGAUUUGAUGAAUGUACGAAGCACAAAUAGACACGAAAUGGACAGAGAAGAGCCGUGGAGCGCAGAAAUGGUGAGAACUUAACCUCAUUAGAGGACACGACAGCUCCAUAACUGGGGCUGGUGCGGUGCCAUACCUUACCUGAAAUGAAAGUUCACUGUUCAGUCAGUGUGGGACUGUGACAUAAAGCCGCCAGUUUUUGUCUUCUAUGAUACAAUUAUACAUGACACUUACCAUUGUCAGUAGAGUACAAUUCAUGCACUAGCAAAGACUGCAAAAAAACAUUCGUGAAUUGGCAUCCAGCCAGCCAGUCAGCCUGAGCCUUGUGAUCCCCAUAAACAUUGCAUCUGAAUUUGCGUUGGUUGUUUUUAUCGUUUUACUAAACUAUCGAGCUAUUGAGGCAUGUUGAUGUUUGUCGGUGUUUAGUACAGGUGAACUUCAUAUUCGAGAUUCAAAUCGCUGAGUGAAAUUAUUGGUGUUUAACAUUGUAAAAGCAGCUGGAACAUGCGUCUAAACUUUUAAGUUGGUCAUGUUAUGGGGGAGGUGGAGAGCCUCUCUAAACCACAUGAGACUGGAAUGAAUAUUGUGAAUUAGCACCAAUUUUUUAUGAGCGCGUUCGUUUCAAAGAGCCAACAAAGUAAAAAGAACGUGUCCAAUGAGGCGUGGGACUUUUGCAUCUAACAAUGUCGACUCGAUUGAGAGUCACUAAUUUGUUAAAAUCAACCAACCAUACAAAUUGAUCCAUCAUACACUAGAUUCUAAUCUGGGAGCCGAUCAUCAUCACAUAGAACAAAGCUGUUUGAGUGGUGAGACGAGUACAAAGACCCAUUACCCUAAAGAGUAAAGAACAAUAAAAGAAUUCAACCUUUCAAACAUUUUAAACCCAGGCUUAGGCUUAGAGCUCGUAGAUAUCCCAAUAAUUCAGAGCCAUCAUCACAUUUUCCACUGUUCUAUGAAAGCAUCAAAGACAGAGGCUUCUCCAUAACUUCGACCCAUCUUAUCAUGCUCCCGCCUUUGCAUGGUCUUUGAGAACACCUACGAAUCUAGGCAAAAGAGCAACGUGUUGGACUCUAGAUACUCUUUUUAGCCUCUAUAGCUCAUUGAAAUAUUAGAAAACUGAGACGGACUUUUUUUUUUUUUUGGGACUUAUUCUUGUGUGGCCAUAAGUAGUUAGGAAAGCUUGUUUUCUCUCUUCAAAUUAUUGAUAAGUUUUCUUCUCGAUGGGGUGAGGUGUGUGAGUUGGGGGAGAGGGGGAGAAUAAGUUUGGGUAUCUCGAACAACGAUGAUAGUCUGCAGUAAUGAUUUUGGGUAGGUAAGAUUUUUACCAAACAAAAGAACAUGUUCGACGUUAGGAAGAAUGUGGGAGCAGUCAAUCUAUCAACAUCCUUAGAUGAUUCGUGAAUUCUUUUCCAAAUAUUCAGAGCUUCCGGCUCCAAGGCUUGCACUUAGAAUCUCCUUCUCGCUUCCGACUCCGAGGCUUUCAUUUCCAAUUAAUAUGGGUAAUUGAGUCUAACUAGUUGAAAUAUCAAUUCUUGUACUUAUUUAAAAAUUCAUAGGGUGAAAUGUGACUGAAUAAAUGCUAAAAUUGGAGAAAUACAAAUUAUUAUUGAGACAUAUUGAAAAUAGAAUGGGCCAGGAACGGAGUCGGGGUUGGGUCAAGAGUAGUGCCACAUGCCCUAUACCAUACUACGAAUAGUCGAGUAAUACUCGUCACAGUACGAAUCAGAUCAAGUAAUACUCGACGGAUCACAUUCAAAUUGUCAUCCUCCUUGGGUCACAUGACACAUGCUUUCAACAUAUUAAAAGGACUCGAAAACUUCUCUUCAUCCUUCCACUCACUCCACUUCUUCUCUUCUCACAUGAAACCCUCUGCUCCAAACCCUGCCUCCAGAAUUUAAGGUGGCAGAGAAGAGAAACACCAUUCCUCUGCUCCCCUCACUCCCUCCCUCUUUUACAUCCAGUUCCUGCCAUUUGGAUUCCUUACAGCUUCUCCUUUUUAUACAUCUAACAACUCCAAAAGGUUCUUCUUUUCAAGCAUUUUGUUAACCAGUGAGCGAUUCACAAGUGGUCCUUUUGUCCUUUCUUCUCCUUCCUCUUCUUCUUAUUCCCACUUCCCACUUAGUUUGACUUAAUGCUCACUUCAUUGGAUUAAAGAACUACGAGAUCUGAUCUCACAAUUGGUCUUGUGAAAACAGAGUAGCCUUCGAGCUCUGUUUUUUUUCAAGAGAGGGCAGGGGAAAGAAAGAGAAGCAAUAUACAUCCAUGGGGAAGCUGAUGGGAUUUGGGAAGGUGUUUGACCGACUCUGCCUGUCCCCAUCGCCGCCCAAUUCGAAUUCAUGCUUUUGUACGAAAUCCCUGGAAGCUCAUGACGAUGGUGAUGAUUACGGGGAAGUGUUUGAGCAGAAGGAGCCAUUGAUGGUGAUGGGGAGUACUAUUGAGAAGAGCAACAGAGUGGUGAGGCUCAAAGAUGUCGUCUCUGUCAACCCGAAUCAGACUCUGGCAUUUCAAAUCAAGCCCAAGAUGGUGGUUCUGAGGGUAUCCAUGCAUUGUGGUGGCUGCGCCAAGAAGGUUGAGAAGCAAGUUUCCAGGAUUGAGGGAGUGAGCUCAUACAGAGUGGACCUGGAGAGCAAGAGAGUGGUGGUGAUUGGAGACAUACUUCCUUAUGAAGUGUUGGCAAGUGUCUCCAAGGUCAAGAAUGCUCAGCUUUGGAUUUAAUCUCUAUAAUCAUUCAUUAAUUAAUCUCCCCCACCAUUCCCAUUUUGUUGUAAAUGUAUCCAGAAUCCCAUUAUUAUGUAAAUUUCAUCAAUUCUGCCCGAUCGAAUGGAUUUUAUGUUAAUAAUCACGACUUUAUUGGAGAAUCGUUGUUAUGAACUCUUUAGAGUUUAAUCUAAUGCAGCAGUAGUUUUCUAUCUCGUUUUGUAACGGAACCCCAUGUACAUAGUAUUCGGAUUUUCUGCUAGGUUUGUCUGGCAUCUGCCACUUAAUUAACUUAUCGAAAAAGGAUGUUUGAGACGGCAAAUCCAAGUGGUACCACAAGGAAUCAUAGAGUAAAAAUCUUCGAACAGAGGGUUCUACGAGUUUUGAAGCUCGAGAGUCUGUGAUGCAAUGGUGGAGCCACGUUGAGAUGACUUCAUGAAGAAAUCUCACUGUCCAUGGAAAUUUAAGUCGAUCCAACGGUUGAAACCUAGACUUCAUGAAGAAAAAAAGAACGAAGCA